AUGGACCAGCUUUGCCAAGACGGCGAGGGCUGUGCGAAGCUGCAAACCGCCGCGGAGUAUCGAUGCCUCUGGUUGGAUCCCUACGUCUCCCGCAGGACAAUCGAGUGCUUGCUGGCGGUGGAGGUGGUUGUGACUCUGCUGCUGUGUUGGCCCUUCUACAACUUUGAGGCUCUGGGGGACCUCGGGCUGCCGGGUGGGCGGGAGCUGAUUCUCUUCCUGCUGGUCCUGCGGAUUGUCUCGGACCUGGCGGGCGGCCUUGGGGUCUUGCGCCGGGAGGUGACAACAGUGAAGCGCCUCUACUGCAUGCAGGCGACGAACCUUCUGUUCAGCUUUGUGGUGCUGCAGCCGCUGCUCCUCUGCCAGUGCGCUUGUUUCGAGCCAGCCAUGGGGCGCGUGGCGUCGCAGCAGUCCGUGGACCGGCUGCGGCAGCAGUGCGAGGUGUGGCAUAACUUCCUGGAGGGCCGGGACGCUGUGAUGGGCCGGCGGCUCGGGGAUGGCGAAAGCAAGGCCCCCGGCAACGCGUGGCCGGCAUGGCCCGUGUGCCACUCGGCCAGUGACUGGGGCAUGCCAGUGCCUGACCUCUUCAAAGUCUUGGACCAGGGCGUGAAGUUGGUGUCGGAGCACUCCUCGUGCUUCGAGCUGCCGGUGCAGAUGGAGCUGGCCCAGUCGCUGCAGUCUGUGGACUGCCGCAUCCUGGACCACUGGGAUUGGGCCUCACUGCCCUUCCAGGAGCUGGAGCUGCAUCUCCAAGAGUGCUUCUCCGCGCGCGGCUGCGGGGGUCUCCGGCUGGAGCUUCUGGCGCCCAUCCCUGGCCCGCCCCAGGAGGGCUCCUGCGGAAACAUGACGGUCUGCAAGCUGCAGCACCCAGUGAUGCCUCACCCCCACAGCUUCUCUGGCGAAUGUCAUCCGGCCAACCGCUGCCCCAUUCACCUCCUGGUGAAUCUCCACAAAGACAUGGAGAAGUACGAGUGUUUCCGCUUCGGCGAGGAGAACGGUCCCGUGGAGGAGCGGUGCCUCUUGGUGGUCCGCCGGUCUCUGGCAGCGCUGCUGCUGCUGAACUGCACAGCCCUCUUGUCGGCUGCUGUGAUCCGAAAGUUUCUCCAGCUGAACUGCGGGGACUUCGUCGCAGAGGACGUCCAGUUCGAGGUGGAUACCGUCAGCGAGGCGAGCCGCUCCUUUGCCGGAGACUCCUUCGUGGCGGGCGCCUACAGCACCGGGAGCCCCUCCAGCCGCCGGGGCCGGUCCUUCCGAGGUCGGACCUCCGUCACCUCAGUGGAGCUGGGCCAAAGGGAGGUGCCGCCGCAAUGGAACGGUGAUGGCGCUGGCGGCAUCUGA